AAGAGUUUUAUCAUAAGAGUGAGAGAAAUGUCUUCUGCUCCGAGUAUAGCCAAUACCACGGCUUUAGAUAGUGCCCGAUCACGAGGACAAUUGCACGCGUUAUCAUACCUAAUGUUCCGUCUAUUUCUAUAAGUCUAUCUGUCUAUGACUACCGUACAGAAUAGCCUGUACACUCAACAGCAGUGUUUUUCAAACUUUCACUACACACGGCACACCGUACACUUCAAAAAAUGUUCACGGCACGCUGACCUUUUUUUGAGAUGAACAAUUCAAUACAAUAAAUUUAUGAAAAAACCGCGGCACACCUAUAGUGGAUAACCUAACCUAUAGUGGAUACUCGCAGCACCCAGUUUGAAAGCCACUGUUCUACAGUCUACACAUUACACAUACUAGUUAGCAAAUUGAUCUUACGUGAAAGAGAGAGAGAGCGUGUGAGAGAAGGACAUAUACACGAAGAGAGUGUGUGUGAGGAGGAUUCUUGUCUCCACUCUCUAUUGUGUAUUACACUGAUAAUUGUGUGUAAUUAUAAUAAUAAUUAGUAACUUAGGUAGGUACUAGAGUAGUACAAUUAAACAUCAUAGUGUCGCAUAGUUCUUCGUUCUUAAAACACUAUCUCGAUCUACCAGCGCUUUGUAGAGUGAUCCAACGACUAUGGGUGGGGCUCUGUGUAGUAGAACUAUGUCAUGUAAUAACUCAAGAGUGGAAUACCACAGACAAUCGCAGUCGACCGAUCAGUUGCUUAUGCCCAACAAGUGGAAAGCAAACGAUGUUUUAUACAUACGUGUGAAGUCGAAGAGGGAGAAAAUGCAGGAACGAGGGAUUGAGAGUACACAGCGAACAGUAGCCAUGUUUUCCCCUUGCACGUUUCGAAAUUGUAAGUGUAAAGGAGGGACUUUUAGAGGAGUUAAGCGUGACCAUUUUGGAUGGAAAAAUAGUAUUUGUGUCAGAUCUGGUUGUAAUCAUCCACUAUCUGAUCACAUACAGCAUUUAAAAAAUGUUUCAAUGAUGGAGUUUACUGUACUAAUGAAACUAAUAUUUGAUAUCAUUAAUAUCAAAGAAACAUUAAAAAAUAUAUCUAUAAAGCCCAAGUCGAAGAGAAAUAUUUUGUUAAAAGACAUUUUUGAAUCAGUUUAUAAUGUAUUGAAUAAAAGUGUCCUUCUUCAUCCCUUUACAACACCUAAUAUUGAUACAAUUUAUGGGUCUCCACCAUUUGAAAGGACUAACAUAGAUCAAGUUUUGAUUAAUUUUUGUAUGCAUUUCUUUUAUGACGAUAAUAUUUUGGAGUUAAAAAAUGCAUAUAUACUCACCAAAUUUGUACUGAAAUAUUUUGAUACAUGGAUGUGGACUAUUCCAAAAGAACUACUAAAAUGUAAUUCUCAAGAAUACUCGAAAAGUUAUAACUACUAUUAUCGUAGGUUUUUGAUGUAUUGUUGCUUGCCCAGAUGCAUCCAUUCAAUUUCCUUACGAUACAGAGCUAGUAAGAUUUUUGGUCAUGAAGUCUUAAAAUAUACUCUAAAAGAAUUCAAAAGUCAAUUGCUAUCUUGGUGUCACGUACAAAGUUUAAUGUGGACAGAACAUACAAAAUUAUUUUGCUUGGACUAUUUGACUAUAUACAUGGAUUUAUUGGAAAAGGAAGUUUUCAACGAUAAGUCACCAAUAUGGUACAUGGAUUUAACACUUUCAGAACUAAAAGAUAAAAUUAGUUUUUUGGAAUGUAUAAAAAUUAGGAAAUAAUUAUUGCCUUGCAUUGUUUGAUUAUAUUGAUUACAAUUUUAAAUUAACAGCUAGAAUCCAAAAAAAAUAAAUUGAAAAGAAC